ACUGAACUCCAACCCCCGCGCUCUCUAUCAGCAUCUCAUUCCUGUCUCAAUAUGUCUCAAGAUGGCGGCCAAUGCAGGAUCGAUGUUUCAAUAUUGGAAGCGCUUUGACUUACAACAACUACAGAAAGAACUAGACGCCACCGCCACACAGCUUGCCAACAGACAGGACGAGAGUGAACAGUCCAGGAAGAAACUAAUCGACCUGAGCCGCGAGUUCAAGAAGAACACACCAGAGGAUUUACGGAAACAGGUUGCCCCUUUGCUCAAGAGCUUCCAAGGAGAGAUUGAUGCUUUGAGUAAGAGAAGUAAAGAAGCAGAGGCCGCCUUCUUGAACGUCUACAAGAAAAUAAUCGAUGUCCCAGAUCCUGUACCUGUGCUCGAGCUGGCUCAGCAGCUGCAGCUGAAGCUCCAGAGGAUGCACGACAUUGAGACAGAGAACACCAAACUUCGAGAGACACUGGAGGACUACAACAAAGAGUUUGCAGAGGUCAAGAACCAAGAGGUGACCAUUAAGGCCUUGAAGGAGAAGAUCCGUGAGUACGAACAGUCUCUGAAGAAUCAAGCUGAGAACCUGGCGCAAGAAAAGCAGCUCCAGCUACACAACGACUAUGCAGAGAAGGAGAGGAAACUCCAGGAGAGCCAAGACUCCAUGUCCUCAAGGUUGGAAGAGGCCGAACAUAAGGCCCAGUCCCUUCAGACAGCACUUGAAACAACUCAGGCCGAGCUCUUUGAUUUGAAGACAAAGUAUGACGAGGAGUCCACAGCGAAGGCCGAUGAGAUUGAGAUGGUGAUGACAGACCUGGAAAGAGCCAAUCAGCGAGCAGAAGCAGCUCAGAGAGAGGCGGAGUCGCUCAGAGAGCAGCUGUCCUUGAGUAACCAAUCCCAGCAGCUCGGCAGCCCGACCAAGGCUGACCCCGACACGGAACAGGCUGUGGAGGUGGCAUCCCACUCAAGUCUGGAGGCGGAGCUCAGGGCCAAAGAAAGGGAGACCGCACAGCUGGUGGAGGACGUCCAGAGACUGCAGGCCAGCCUGACCAAACUCCGAGAGACCACCAGCUCCCAGAUCACACAGCUGGAGCAGCAGCUCAGCAGCAAGACUGCCGUUCUCAAGGAACUGGAGGAAAAACUGCAGAAGCAAGCGGACUAUGAGGAGGUGAAGAAGGAGUUGAGUAUCCUCAAGUCUAUGGAGUUUGGAACUUCUGACUCUGUGCAGGAUUCAUCCAAACCUCUGGAGGUGCUGCUGCUGGAGAGGAACCGUAGUCUGCAAUCUGAGAGCGCCGCUCAGCGUAUCUCCAACACUGAGCUCAGCGGGACAGCCGGUCAAAAAGGGACAGAAGAGUCCACACCGAAGGAGGAGACCAUGCCCAGCGACCCCUCUUCUUCACCCCCUCCUCCCCCUCCCUCUCUUCCUUCCUCCUCCCAGCUCCCCCUGUCUCGCACUUAUACGGAUCCCCUCAACACUGCCACCACCACCACCAGCAGCAGCGAAACGCACCCUUUCACUCCUACGGGCAUUGGACAGGACUUCUACUCCCCUGUGUUCCCUCUGGUGGGUGGUAAGAUGGCUUUGAACUCCUUGAUCCAGCGGCAGCUGCUCCAGACCUUCUACUCCAAAGCCUUGCAGGAGUCGUCUGGAAUCCCCAGUGGGGCCCUACUGUUCACCCCGUUCACUCCAACCCUCAGCUCCAUCCCUACCUCCACCCCUGGCUCUGGGUCUGCUGCUAUCCCUCUGGCAGCCAGCAGCCCACAGCCGCCUCCAGCCAGCCCAGACAUGGCUCCCGUUAAUGGGAGUAGCACUGCUGGCAGCGCCCCGUCCCCAUCACCCAGCCACUCUGAUGCUACCACAGGAAGCGUUUUGGAUGGGGAAGACAUGGACACAGCAGAGAUUGCCCGACAGGUGAAAGAGCAACUGAUCAAGCACAACAUUGGUCAGCGUGUGUUCGGCCACUAUGUGCUGGGACUGUCCCAGGGUUCGGUCAGCGAAAUCCUGGCCAGACCAAAGCCGUGGAACAAGCUAACCAUCCGAGGGAAGGAGCCUUUCCACAAGAUGAGGCAGUUCCUCGCCGAUGAGCAGAACAUCCUAGCGCUGCGCAGCAUCCAGGGACGGCAAAGAGGUAACAUUACCGCCCGCGUCCGCACCCCAGAGGCAGGUUCAGAUGAGGCUAUCAAAUCCAUUCUGGAGCAGGCCAAAAGAGAGCUGCAGGUGCAGAAAGCUGACUUGUCCCACGCUCAACCCUCAUAUACAGGAUUGAAAGGAGGGGGUGGAGGCGGAUGUGGGGGUGGAGGGGGCAGCGGAUCAGACGAGGCUAUCCGCUCCAUCCUAGAGCAAGCUAGGAGAGAGAUGGAGGCCCAACAAGCUGCACUGGAGCCCAUCCUCAAAGCUUCGUCUUCCUCGUCCUCCCUAGCAUCACUAUCUCACAGGGAUGUCCUGAGCUCUCCGCUCACCGCUCCCCUCCCCCCUUACAACCCCCUGGCACUCUCCCUCAAGAAGCCUCCAAGCUCCCUCUUGUCCUCCCCCUCCUCCCCGUCUCCAAUCCUGGACUUCAGCUCCAGUGUGAAGAGAGAGGGCAGGGCUUCUUCAGGGAUGGACUUGUCGAUUGACGGGGCUCUCAGGCUGGGUCGGAGCUCUGAGGGGCUGGGCCGCUCUGGAAGUGCUGGAGGAGUGGGCUACUGGAGAGAGCAGUGGUGGAGCAACAUGCAGACAGACCCCCGCAGGACUAUAUCCAACCAGAUAGGAGAGGAGAACCACAACCUGGAGGACUCCAAAGAGGGAAUAUUGAGUGACAGUCUGUCUCGACACAAACCGUGGAACAAGCUGAACCAGAGGAGCAGGGAGCCAUACCUCCGCAUGCAGCCAUGGCUCAAUGGAGACCAGGGGCAAAACUCACACAUCCAGCAAGCUCAGAACCAAGCAGAGGGUACUCCCAAGACAUCAGCAAGCUGCAGCCCUGCUCCAGAGUCGCCCCUCAGUUCAGCUGAGGAGUCUGUCAACGGUCUAACAGGCGAUCCGCUCGCUUCACAGUCCUCCGGUCUCAAAACUCAUUCUGAGGAUCCCUCAGGUGGGGAGUCUCAGCCCGGCACCCCGCUGCCUCUGCCUGGUCACUCGGGUCUCAGCAUCCAGGAGAUGGUUGCAAUGUCUCCUGAGCUUGAUACUUACGCCAUCACUAAGAAGGUUAAGGAGGUGCUGACUGAUAAUAACCUUGGUCAGCGUUUGUUUGGGGAGACUAUCCUGGGUCUGACUCAGGGUUCUGUCUCAGACCUGCUGGCCAGGCCCAAACCCUGGCACAAGCUCAGUCUGAAGGGCAGGGAGCCCUUCGUCCGCAUGCAGCUCUGGCUCCAAGACCCACACAGUGUGGAGAAACUCAUGGACAUGAAACGCUUGGAGAAGAAAGCUUACAUGAAGAGGCGGCUGAGCUCCUUGAGUGAUAACCAUUCUGUGGACGCGGCUUUAAUCGGGCAAGAUUAUGUCCAGGGCUCCCAGAGCCCAGGACAGCAGCAUCUGAAGAAGCCCAGGGUGGUGUUGGGCCCUGAGGAGAAGGAGGCCCUGAAAAGGGCGUACCAGCAGAAGCCCUAUCCCUCCCCCAAAACCAUUGAGGAGCUAGCCUCCCAGCUUAACCUGAAGACCAGUACUGUCAUCAACUGGUUCCAUAAUUAUAGGUCACGUAUCCGGCGAGAGCUCUUCAUAGAGGAGAUCCAGGCAGCUGGAGGGAUGGGGCCUGGCAGUGAGGGGGGCUCCCCUUCUCUCCGCGGGUCCAAAUCAGGAGAGGGGGACAGCUGUGAUGGGACAGAAUCUGAGGGCACAGUGGAGACACGCCAGGGACUGGGCAUCGGCCUGGAGGAUCACAGAGGAGCAUGCAAAGACCACGACAUGGAGGCUGAGUCUGAGGCAGGGGGCUCUAAUAACUCCCCUGCUCAGAUAGACUGCACCACCUCAGGCCUAGCCGGGCCAGGCUCCAGCUGUGGACAGGGAGGACUGGGGCUCUUCAGCCUCACAGAGGCAUCCUCCAGUAGCUCUGCCUCUAGUACUAACAUCCCAUCCUCUGGCCCAGCCAGAAACCCCAGGGACAACAAUCUGCGCAAGAAGAAAGCAGCCAAUCUCAAUAACAUCAUCCACAGGCUGGAGAAGGCUGCCAGCAAAGAGGAUCCCUCAGAGUGGGAGUUCUAGCUCCCCCUGACCAUCCUUCAUCCCUCUUGUCUCAUAACCUCACGACCUCUAACCUUGGACCCCUCCUGCUCUGUUCCAGUUGGAGAGUGGACACAGCCAAAGUCAAGCUCAGCAGCCAUUUUUAUUACAUAGAAGCUUUCCGGAAAGAGGAAAGAAACAAAGAGUGGUUGGCAAAACCCUUAAAAGAAGAUUUACUGAAUACCUAGAAGAACAAAAUAAGAGAACUUAAGUGUCUCUCCUUUUUUUUUAACUGAGUUUUGUUUUUGUACUGAGAAAAGCACUUAGCCGUCCUGCUGGCCUCCGGCCCUGCUGUACCUCCCCCUAUCACCAGCCACUGGUGCACCAGACUGGUUAGUCCUGAGCUGGGGUCUGACCCACAGCUGGGGUUGAAACCUGGACUCAGUAACACAGGCAAGGCCUGACACAGCAGCUGUCACAGUGAUAGACACUGAUAGAUGAUAGAUAGAGACAGGAACUCUCUUACAAGAACUCUCACUUUCUUAAAGGAGAUUUUUUCCGCUCUUCUUCUCACCUCCCAAGUGUCCACAAACCUCCCCUCACUCAGUGAGACGCCUCAUUUUUCACACUGUAGAGUGACUGUUACAAACCCUUUGCCUUUUUCACUCACUGCGUGUGUGUGUGUAUGCGUGUUUGUAUGUUAGGGGUUGUGUCAGUGUGCACCUGUUUGUGUGUGUGUGUGUGUGUGUGUGCACGUGUGAACGUGUGUGUGUGUAUACACACAAAGUGGUGUGUGUGUGUGUGUGUGUGUGUGUAUGUGUGUGUUCUCUUCUCAAUGGCAGCAUGUUUUCUUUUUAUCUCACUCCUACACUCUUAAGAGGGUAGUGGAAGGCCUGCCGGCUGAGCUGCCAUGGUUACUGAUGUAAGAAAGAUAAACUUUGACCUGUUGUGUCCCAUAUCCUAUCCUGCUGACAGCCAUGUGAUGGCCAGAAGGAUCUCUUAAUUCCUCACAAACACACGCACUCAUCUGAAGAGGAAGGAAGGAAGGAACCCUCUUUUUGCCUCCUUAAACCCUUCUUUUAAGGAUGAAGGAUGAUCUCUUUUUUUGAUAUUGCAAUUUGGUUGCCAAUAAGAGAUUGCACAGUCUAUUGACUCUAAAGAGUACAAAAUAGGGAAUUUUAGGAAGCAUUUUUAAUUAGUACAAAAUAAGAAACGAAAAUAAGAGAAUAAUGAGUUACUGUUUUAAAAAAAACGAAUUAGAAUGGAAUAAUGUUGCAUUGUUGAAAUACGAUACAAUGAAUUCACGUAGUACUGUAGCUGUCUGACAUGGUGAUACUAUACGUGUCUCUUGUUGUUUUUAGGUUGUGCACGUCACAGCUUUACCCAGCACUGGACCUGCUGGGUGUUUGUGUGUCUGCACCACCAACUAAUUUUCUCUGUUCACAAACACACAUCUUUUUAUAGGCCAAAAUCAGGAAGAGUGUGUGUGUGUGUGUGUUUGUUUGUCUGUCUGUGUGUGUGUGUUUGUGUGUCUCGUGUGCAUUUGUACUUGCCUGCAUGUAAGUCAGGGUCGAGGUCAAUUCACUCCGAAUUAAAUUAAAGAUUAAAUUGAAAUGUAAUUCUUGACUUAAAAAAAAAAAGGGCGAAUGAAUUGCAAUGUACAGUGUUUGAUUAAUCUGUACUUCCUGUUGAUCGCCAUGAAAGUGAAUUCACCCCAACCCUGGUGUGAGUAGUUACCACUCUCCUCCAGUCUAUCCUGUAUCCAGGGAUAUAAGUCUUUUGCAUUGAAUUCUACUGUAUACACUACAAAAUUAUAAGGCAUAUCACUUCCUCCCUGUCCCACACAAGCCCUCAGUGCCUGUCAGCCCACUGCCUCCCCUUUGUGUGUGUGUGCGUGUGUGUGUGUGUGUGUGUGCGUGUGUGUGUGUGUGUGUGUGUGUGUGUGUGUGUGUGUUUGCGUGGUUGCAUGUACACGUAUGCCAGUCAAUACAUGCGUGUGCACAAGCGUGUGCGUUUGAGGAGUGUUCAGUGUUUCCAAUGAGUGGGGUCAUAUUUCGUAUCUACUUGCACACACUACUAGUGCACAACUGACACCCUUCUUUUUAAGCUGUUUGAUGCGUUACCAUUACAUUAAUCUUCUCACAAAGUAGUGUAAUACUAUGAUUUACUGUAGCUUGGUUUUAUUGCUAUUUUGCAUUUAUAGUUUGGUUUUUAUUCUGCUUAUUUAUAGGUGCUGUAUUUUUCAUUUAAUGUCUUAUCAUUUGAGUUGUCUAUUUUUUAAGGGAUUAUACUGUUCCUGAGGGCAAGUAACAUUUUUAUUAGACGUAUAGACUGCCGGCAGUAUUGGUUAAUAUUUACAAAGAUGUACUAGUUCUCAUUUGUUUGUAUAUUCAUGAAUCCUAAAGUUUAGUGUCAUUUCAAUAGCUUUGAAAAAUGUGUUUGCUUCAGUUCAUGCUCCCGUAAGCAUAAAGCUUUUACCACAACAGUUAUGCUCUUAAAUUGCUAGCUAGAGAAUCAAAGGACAUAUCAAGAUCGGUGAAUAUAUGAUAGCAUAUCUCUUUUCCUGUUUUCUAUCUCCAAUAAUGUUUUUUUUUGUUUGUUUUGUUUUUUUUGUUCGGCUGUUUCUUGGGCAAGCCCAACACUAACGCUCGGCAGGGCAUGCAGCUUCUUUUAGAUAGAUUUCGCCCACUCGUUAAUCACAUCAACAUAAUUAUCAGGUCCAAAUGUAUACACUUUGUCAAAUAGGUCAAAUGAAAUUACCUAAACUUGAGAAUACAUGUUAACUUGACAGAGGUCAUAUCUGCCAAAUUGAGAUUAGAGAAGUGUACCAGCUAGCAGGUGUGCUAUGCCAGAUUGAACAGAUAGCCAGCCUAUGAUUAUGCAGAAUUUCUAUAGCAGUCCAUAGCAAAGCACUUAUUAGGAUCUUUUUUGAAGACUUAACCUAGGACAGGGUCUGCAAACACUACAACACGAGUACGAUCCCAGGAUCCUGGGAAAUGUAUGCCUUUUUUAAAAAAGUGGUUGUGAACCAAGCACAGACUCUCAUCCGCAUGCUAACACUAAAAUUCAAGUAUAAAAUAGCUCAAUCCAUGUUUUCUAUAUGAUGAACUGUAUUCUUAUACAGUAAGCCCCGUAUUUCAAACUGCAGAUAACUCUGUGACAGAACGGGCCAUUGUCCUGUACAGUUGUAGAUAUUAUCAGUAACCACCUGUUUUGGUCCCAAUCCAGUCCAUCCUUAAACCUCCCCUUUCCCUUGAAUGUACAUCCAGACAUAUUGGCGGCCUGUCAAAAGAUACUGAUAACCUCAUUGCACUGCAUUAAGAUUCAUUAGUUAAAAUUGGAUUUUCUAAUGUAUCUAGCAAUUGUAAAAUUCCUCAAACAUUGGCUCUUCCUGUGGAUGACAGAUGUAAAACAUCUGUCUCUCUGCAGAAUACUGCCUUCUUUUGGACUGCUUGGACUGGACAACCACAGUAUGUUUUAUGGUGAUGAAUAGCUACUGUAAAGUAUAAGCACUUAACCCAUUAGCCAUUUUAUAGCCAGAUCCAUCAACUCACCUGAACCAUGUGAGAUCAUCAGAUUUGUGCCUUUAACUGCCAAGCAGGGCACCAAACUAGUGAUGUCAUUAGAUGUUGACGAUUUCACCUAAUUUCUUCAUAAUAUUUCCCACAUCCUGAUCCAGAAUUUAUUUCUCAUACACCUCAUGUUGGUACUUAAAAGUUGACUUUUCUCAGCUCUCUUGAGAGGGUUGUACACUGUUUAAUUGCUGGAGUGCAGUGAAACGGUUAAAAAGAGAAAAAAAAGAAAAAAAAAGAGAAA